CUGAAACCCUAUGCCCUUACAUGGCAACGACAACCCCGCCUUCUUCAAUGGCGAAACGACAUCGUUCGCAGGUUCACGACGGCGCAGCUGCAGGCACGGCGGAGCUCAACUCUGUUUUCAUAGACACCAGCCUCGGUACUCACAUCGCCGUAUCCGUAUGCAGCUCCGACACUGUUUCAGACUUAAAAAAGAAGGUGACUGUGGCUCAUAAGCAAUCCUUUCCGGAAAUUGGUGAGAUAGAAGUCCACUCUGUGAAGUUGGAACGGAGAUCAAACUAUUAUCAUCUGUCAGACGAUAUGCUUGUUUGGACUGCGUUUGGCGAGGUUAACAGAAAUUGGUUUCUUUGGGUCACAGCUUCCAUUGUCCCCAGACGUCUCUCAGGAAGAAGCUCUAUGAAUGAUAUUGAUGAUGAUUGCAACGGUUUCAUAUCUGAUAGGAACAAGAAUGCAAUUGUUCUUUUUGCGUUGCCGGCUCGUGCUGCUCAAAAUAAUGCUGUUUCGGAGACCACUGAUUCUCACACAAGUAUUUAUGCAGAGGCACAUUGUAUGGGAACCGAGUCUCCUGUGAAGAAGAAACGUAAAGUGAGGCACACAAAAGAUGAAAGUCAUAAUUCUGGAUUCGAAGGUGGCAACACCAUGUUUUGUUCAAAUGAUAAAGAUGUGAAGCCUAAUAUGUCCGACUCAAUUGUUAAGGUCUCAGGUCUGAAGAAUGACGAAUAUGAUGAUGAGGGGAGGCUUCUGUAUGACAGAACUUACCUACCCAACAUAGCAGAAAAAGGUAAUUUUGGAAGCAUUUUGGACUACCAGAACCUAAAUGGUACUGAUAGACCGAAAGAGGACAAUAGGUUUGAGAGUGUGGUAAAUGAACUGGACAAUGAGGUUGUUUCCAAUUUUGUACAAGGUUCUUCAGCUGGAAUGAGGGAUGCUGCUUGUGAAGGUGGAGAUGUCAACACAUUGGGGAAAAAAAAGAAAAGGAAAUUUGAGAAAACAGCAGAAAACAAUCAUGAUAGAACAUAUAUGGAGCAGUUUGGAAAAGGUGAAACGACCAAGCCCUCUACUCUUAAACUGGAAGAAGGAAUGGGUUUGUCAUUAGAGAAUGAUCAUGAAGUUUUAAUGCCAUCAAACAACAAAGCUUCAGACCAUGUUAUUCCAGAUUUAUCACCGAAGGCAGAAAUCCUUUUGCAGAAUGCAGAAAAGAGUAGUUUUAUUGAUCAGAACUCCCAUAAACGUUUAGAUUCUGAUGAGAGAAAAGAAGACAAUGCAUUACAGAGUAAAAUAGAUCAUGAAGGCAAGGAUGUUCCAUCAAUGCAUUCAGGAGGUGUUAACACUAACAUUUCAGAUCCUUAUGCUACAAUAAUGGAUGCUGGAGUCGGAAAAGGGGAGGUGAAAUCGGAUGGGAAGAAAAGAAAGAAAAAGAAAGUUCACAAAACUGCAGAAAUCCAGCAUACAAGUGAUGUGGCACAUACUGAAAUUGGUGAAAUGAAUAAGCCUCUUACAGAAACUACUAGGUUGGAAGAAAAGGGUGCAUCUUUGGACCUUGAUAAUGAAAUUAUAAUGCCUGCUGAUAACAAAGCUCCUGACCAUGUUGGUCCGGAUCUAGCAUUGAAAGAGGCCAGUAUUAUGGGGGAUGCAGAUGCUGUAAUGGAACCUGGAAUCUCCAGUUGUGUUAAGAAGAUUAAGAAAAAGAAGAAAGCAAAGAAUUCUGUCAGCACAAAUACAGAGAAUUCAGACAUUAAAGAUAUUCACAGAGGUGCCAGAGGUUCUUUGGACUUGUCUUCUCCAUCAGGGGAUUAUAUCACCAAGGGAAUUGGAAAGGAUGAAAGCACCAUACUCAAUGAAGGAAUGGAUGUAGAGAUGAGACCAUUGGAUGCAAAAGUCCAGAAUCCAAGUGAUGUGGCACAUACUGAAAUUGGUGAAAUGAAUAAGCCUCUUACAGAAACUACUAGGUUGGAAGAAAAGGGUGCAUCUUUGGACCUUGAUAAUGAAACUAUAAUGCCUGCUGAUAACAAAGCUCCUGACCAUGUUGGUCUGGAUCUAGCAUUGAAAGAGGCCAGUAUUAUGAGGGAUGCAGAUGCUGUAAUGGAACAUGAAAUCUCCAGUUGCGUUAAGAAGAUUAAGAAAAAGAAGAAAGCAAAGAAUUCUGUCAGCACAAAUACAGAGGAUUCAGACAUUAAAGAUAUUCACAGAGGUGCCAGAGGUUCUUUGGACUUGUCUUCUCCAUCAGGGGAUUAUAUCACCAAGGUAAUUGGAAAGGAUGAAAGCACUAGGCUUGAUGAAGGAAUGGAUGUUGAGGCGAGACCGUUGGAUGCUUCAAACCAUGAUGCUCAGAAGGUAGUAUGGGAUGUAAAUAAAAAAGAAGCAGAUCUGGCACAGAUGCAAUCAGAGCGAAUUUUGGAAGAUGUGAGCGUUAGAAAUGAAAUGAUGAGGGAAAAGACCAAAGGUUUUCAAGAUGUUUGCCAUGCAGCUUUGCCCACCACUGAAACAAGUAAUACCAUGAUUAUGCGGGAUGCAGAUGCUGUAAUGGAACCUGAAGUUUCCAGUGGCAUUAAGAAGACGAAGAAAAAGAGGAUUGGCAAGAAUUCUGUCAGCACAAAUAUUGAGAAUCCAGGCAUCAACGAUACUCAGAAUGGCACCAGAGGUUCUUUGGACUUAUCUUCUCCAUCAGGGGAUUGUAUCACCACGGGAAUCAGAAAGGAUGAAAGCACCAGGCUCAAUGAAGGAAUGGAUGUCGAGAUGACACUGUUGGAUGCUUCUAACAAUGAUGCUCAGGAAAAAGUAUGGGAUGUAAAUAGAAAAGAAGAAGGGCGAAUUUCGGAAGAUUUGGGCGAUAGAAAUACAAUGAUGAUGGAAAAGACCAAAACGUUUCCAGAUGUUUGCCAUGCAGCUUUUCCCACUGCCGAAACAGAAAAUACUGUCAUGAAGCCCAAUCAAACGAACCAGGAUGAUGAGAAUACUGAGAAUAAAUCUAGAAAAACUAAAAAGAAAGGGAAGAAGCAAAAGCACACUGCACCAGAUGUCCAAGAAAAUUUGCCAGUUGAGGAUCAACAGGUUAGUGUUGAACCUUUAGCAACAAAAGAAACUUCAUUUGGUUUUUCAAAUUCUGAACUCACGGACAGAGAUUUAGAGUCAUCCCAAGUUUUGUCUCGUAAGAGCAAAGAAAAGGUAGAUGAGAAUUACGAGCUUGUCCUAAACACUGAUGGUCUCAAAGAAAAUACUGAAAAGGGCAGUGAAGGAAUCAACUUCAAGCAAUACUUUGUGGCUGACCAACUCCAGAAUCAAGUCGAUAUCAGUAACAAGGUAAGAAAGGAAAACAAGUUGAAGAGUUCAAAAGCUAAAGAUAAUGAACUGAUGAAAACUUCUAGUCCUUCUGAGUUGUGUGAGAUGCCUCGUCAGAAACCCAAUGACUUUGUUGUUCCCUCAUCCUCCCAUAAGAAGAAUCCAUCUUUGGAUAAAUCAAGCUCGAAAAGGUCCGUGACAUUGCACAACAAUAAGGGAAAUGAAAGGACGCUUUUGCGUUCACGUGUUAAAAAAACGAUGCCCAUGAAGACUCCGAAGAAAAAGAUUUUGUUGGCAAAGCCGGGAACAAUUUUUCAUAAUGAUAGUGGUGAAAGUUCUGGGGAUGAAAAAGGAACCUUGUUUUCAGAUGAUCGCACCCUCACUUCAUCGGAUAGUUCAUCCAUGUCAGGUGAUGACUCGGAAGGGGAAAGUGAAGCGAGCCAGAUUUCUACUCGCAAAGGAUCCAGUGCUGCAAAAGGAAAAACUUUGGCUAUGUUAGAAGAGGAGAAUGUGACGAUGGAUGUGAUCCUAAGAAGCUCGAAGCGGUUCAAGAAGGCGAAGGAGAUCGCCACCCAGAUCGAAGAAUCCCAGCCCAUCGAUUUUGUUCUGGAUAGUCAGCCCGUUUAACCUUGUCGUCGGAAUAGAUGUAAAAAAAAUUUCAGUACAAGGGAAAUACAGUAAUAUUUUCACUACAAAGGAAGAUGCCGUAGACUUUAUUUCA